AUGUCGGUUUGGUCAGCUAGUACAGUCGGCAAUAAUUACCACUUCGGGCAUCCUCCCAGUCGUUACACUCAUUCUAACAAUUGGUGCCCAAACCCAACCAAGCAUAAGUGCGUGAUGGCGAACGAGGGCGGGUUAAACGCUGAUGACGCCCUACACACGCCGGCAUAUCUCUCUUGGAGGAAGUUACAGCUUAGUCGAGCUAAACUUAAGGCUUCCAGCAAAACUUCAGCACUCCUAUCUGGAUUUGCAAUGGUAGCAAUGGUUGAGGUCCAACUAAAUACGCCAACAACAAUUCCCGCUGGUAUGUUGGUAGCGUUCACAGUUUGUACUACAUUGUUGGUAGCAGUCCACAUGCUGGCUUUGAUGAUCAGCACAUGUAUCUUACCAAACAUUGAAGCUAUUGGCAACCUCCACAGCAUAUCCUUAGUUCACGAAUCUCCCCACGAGAGAUUACAUUGGUAUAUAGAAAUUGCAUGGGCCUUUUCAACAUUGUUAGGUCUUAUCUUAUUCUUAGUAGAAAUAGCUAUUCUUUGCUGGGUGAAGUUCUAUGAUUUGAGCCCCACGGCCGCCUGGUCCGCAUGUGUUCUUCUAAUUCCAGUUAUGAUAGUGUUUUUAGCAUUCGCCAUACACUUUUACAUGUCAUUAGCAACACAUAAAUAUGAAGUUGUCAACUGUGGUAUAAAGGAAUUAGAAUUUUUGAAAGAACAAAUUGAACUAGGUGAUCAAGAUUCGCGAAUGAAUAACAUGACACUGUUUGAUCAGGCCCGAGUUGUGUGA